GCUUCGGUCCCCAUCGCUCGGGUCAGUCUCAUCGCGAUGGGGGCGCCACGGUCGGCGUGCGGCGUGAGCGCGCCGUGCAGCCGCGCCGGCUCGAGCAGCUCCGGGGUCGGUCCCGAGGCCCGCGGAGGUCACGGCGCAGCGCGCGAAGGCGUCCCCGCGAGCGCCGAUGGCGGCGGUGGGUCCAGCACGGAGCCUGUAUCAGCACACGGAGGUCCAGCGCAGGGAGGAGAGCUCGGCCGAGGAGCUCGGUGGCCUGAACAAGGCGGGGUGAGUCCGCCGAUGGGGGCAGAGGCGCGUUCCAGGCGACGUUCGCGUGCGAGAAGUGGGAGAACGCGAUCGCGUACCUGCGUUCCAAGAAUCUCCUGACGGAGGAGUCGGUGAGGGAGAUCAUCUGCGAGGGCGCCGGUGCCUUCGGCUCCUGGCGGCUCUCGGGCGAGGCCCUCGACGCGCUGGUGCGCCAGGUGCUCGGCGGCGGGGGCUGCGGCCUCUCCCCCGGCCUGGAGGGCUGGGUAGCCCAAGCCGCGCGGCCGCGCGGGCGCCGCUGAAGAAGCGGACGCUGGACCUGCGACUGGCGCGCACGCUCACCGUCAACGGCCAGGAGCUCCACGACCUGCAGGCGGACGAGGACCCGAGGUUCCGCGGCAGGGCCGGCCCAGGCAGAGAGCGCAGGCGGGCCGACGUAAUGGAGGAGUGGGUGGGGGUGGUGGACGUCAUCACCCUCCGGCGCGUGAAGUGGUGCCUCGCCAUGCUCCUGACAGUCAUCUCCUUCGCAUACGCGGGCUGGGUGGUGUUUGUCACGUACGCUGGGAUCCUGGAGCUCUUCACCUGGCCGAUCAUCUUCGCGCGGGCUGGGGGGAUGGGAACAGCCAUCAUUACAGGCCUCAUGUACCUGACCAUGGCCCGCACAUUCAUGAAGCAGUUCUACAAGUUCCUCGGGGUGAACAACAAACUGCUGAUGGUGCUCGAUGGCCAUAAGGACCUACACAUUUUCCUUGGGAAGUGCCUCGGUGUUACCGCGGCCGUCCAUGUAUUGGCCCACCUCCUCUCCACCGUGCCGGCUGUGCAUUACGUCGCCAAGCACAAGCUGAAUGCCAUACUCGCAUGUGCCAACAGAGAAGAGAAGCUGAAGGGCAUUCCAAACUUCGCCUGGCUGCAGUGGCCUGCAUGCCCACUUGGCGCCGAGACGGAGGGGAUGGGCUGGAGCGUGCUCUGGCGGUCCACGCCCGGGAUCACCGGCCUGCUUCUGAUCGCGCUGCUGGUCCUGCUUGGCUGGACAGGCAGGGCGCGCGCGCGCUCCGCAGACUUUGACCGCUUCUGGUACGCGCACAACGUUGUCCUGGUCGCCUGGCCGCUCACGAUGUUCGCACACGGCUCCAACCAGUGGAUCGGGGUCGGUUUUCCCCUCGUCGCCUUCACCGCCACGCUGCCUGUCUGCCUCUACCUGGCGGACCGGGUGGGGCGCCUGCUGCGCUUCUACGCUUUCGGGGGCAAGGCGGUGCAGAUCGCCGAGGCCGUGAUCAGGCCCGGCAGGGGCGGCGGCCCCAGCGGAGCGUUGACCCAUCUGGCGAUCACGAGACCGACGGGCCUGUGGGCCUUCACCCCAGGCAUGUACGCGUUCGUGUGCAUGCCAGAGUACGCCCCGAUGCAGUGGCACCCGUUCACCAUCUGCUCGGGCAGGAACGACGAGCACGUAGAGUUCAUCAUCGCGGGCGUGGGCGACUGGACGCAGGAGCUGGCCGCCAGGUGCCUCCAAGCACAGGACGGCUCCGUCCAGCUCCCCCGCAUCGCGCUCGACGGCCCGUACGCCGCGCCGGCACAGAGCGCCCUGUCGUGCCCCAUCCUCGUGGCCGUGGGCGCUGGCGUCGGCAUCACGCCGUUCCUUUCGCUGAUGUCUUCGCUCAUCUCCCUGAUCGAGGACAGCUCGGAGAGCGAGGAGCUGCGCAUGAAGGAGGCACACUUCUUCUGGAUGACCCGCAGCAUGGACGAGUUCCUGUUCGGAAGGAAGCACCUGACGCGCAUAGCCCAGUGCCACCGCCUGCGCCAAAAGAUCCACCUUCACCUGCACAUGACCGCGCGCGAGCCCGAGGGGGACGCCGCCGCGUUCCUCUUCCGCCAGGCGGUCAAGCGCCAGAGCAGGUUGGAUCAGGCCGCCUUCAGGGAAGAGUUCGACGCCCAUCGGGUGCUCAUGGCCCCACAGCUGCCCUGGUGUUGGGUCAACAGGUCCGAGCUGGACGUCAUGUGGCUCAGCGACCUCACCACGGCGAGCGGCGACGCGCGCGACGCCGCCCUGGAGCGCCUGCAGCCCGCCCCGGGGUCUCCGCGAGGACCUGCCGCGGCCCCCGCACAGCACGCCUCCACCGCCGCGGGCCCGGGCCAGCGCCACGCCCGGGGCGAGCGCCGCCCCGCGCCGCCGGCGCCGCCGCUGACCUCGGCGCUCCAAGGCCACACCGACCCCGCCCCCCGGGGCAGGGCGCCCGGCCAGGCGAGCGGUGCGGAGGGAGAGGCGCCGCUCGUGCCGAUCGCCUUUGGCCGCCCGGACUUCGAGACGGAGUUGAGGGCCAUCGGCCGGCAUUGGAACUGCCAGGCCCUGAACGCCGAGGCGCGUGGUAACGCUGAGAAGGCGAGUCCCUCGGCUCAGAAGUUCGUUGUCACGUACGAGCGCUUCGGAUAG